CUACAUCACAAUUCAGUUUGCUAAGCAAAAUCCCUACACCCCCAAAGAUGGCCGGAGGUAACCACCCCAAGGGCCCACCUCACAAGCCUUCCUCCUCCUCCAACCGCAAAUCCCGCUGGGAAUCCUCCCCCUCCACCACCACCAACAAACACCCCCACCACCCACCCGACCCCAAACCCUCCGCCAGCCCCGCCAAUCUCAAACACCCUCCCGGCUCCUCCGCCGCCUUCGGCCCGCCUCCUCCCCCCGUCUACGGCUUCCACAACCUCGACCGCCGCACCAUCGUCCUCGCCGACGGCUGCGUCCGCUCCUACUUCGCCCUCCCCCCGGACUACCAAGACUUGCCUCCCCCGCAUAUCGACCCCUCCGCCCGGUUCCUGCCUUUCGGCCCCGCCCCGGACUACUGGAACUCGCCGAUGAAGAGGAAGCUGGAGGAAGACAGUGGAGAGCAAUUGGCCAAGCGGCGGCAUCAGUUGGUCCAGUUGGGCAACCCGAACGUGUUUGGGGCGGGUCCGAGCAGCCCGUUUCGGGCCCAGUCCAGGAGUGGUGAUGAUCCGAGGGCUUCCAAGUACAUGCGGACUGGUGGAGGUUAUGACAAGUGUGGUCAGGUUGACCAGGCUGCAUUGAAGAAGGCGUUUCUCUACUUUGCCAAGGUGAUUAAUGAGAAUGGAGCGCAGAAGAAGAUUUACAUUGAGGAUGGGAAGCAGGGCCGGCUUAAUUGCCUUGCUUGUGGCACUACUGGCAGGUCUGCAAAAGAUUUUCCGGAUAUGCAUAGUCUCAUCAUGCACAGUUACAACACAGACAAUGCGGACAUUUGUGUGGAUCACUUGGGCUUACACAAGGCUUUGUGUGUUUUAAUGGGGUGGAACUACUCAAAGCCUCCUGAUAACUCAAAGGCAUAUAAGUUCCUUUCCGCUGAUGAAGCAGCAGCAAAUCAAGAUGACCUGAUAAUGUGGCCACCCAUGGUGAUAAUUCAUAAUACUCUUACAGGAAAGAGUAAGGAUGGCCGCAUGGAGGGUUUGGGCAAUAAAGCGAUGGAUAGUUAUAUACGAGAACUCGGGUUUGGGAGCGGCAAGUCAAAAUCCCUGUACGGUAGAGAUGGUCAUUUGGGAACAACUAUAAUCAAGUUUUCGGCUGACGAGGCGGGCCUGAAGGAGGCCUUGCGAAUGACAGAAUUUUUCGAGAAAGACAAUCACGGACGCAGGGCUUGGUAUCAUGUUCAACCCCUCACGAUUGGCAAUAAGGAUGAUGAGAACAAUCCAUAUCUUGUGAAGUUCGAUGAGAAGACUAGGGAAAAGAAGCGAGUCUUUUAUGGGUACCUAGGAACUGCUUCUGACCUCGAGAAGGUUGAUUUUGACACGAGAAAGAAGGCUGGCAUUGAAAGCUGGAGAGAAUUCAAACCUCCCAAGUAGGGUCCUGUGAGUUCCAAGUGAUCUCAUGGUUUGGAAAGUACUGAAAGCUUUUUAUGGGCAUCAUUCUCUACAGUCAGGAGGUGUGUAGCCUAAUUUAAAUGCCUACCUGUUCUUGUUGAAAAUGUAAUGGCGAAUUUUAGGUGGUUUCCAGCCAAGGUCCAGCUUUCAGUAUUGAUUCAGACAUAAGCGUAGAAGUUCACAUCAAGAGAUAGAUUGAUUGCUACUUGUUUGGUUCUGAACAACUAGUCAUCCAAUGAUCAGAGCAAAUAAUACAGUAGCAUAGCUGCUGAAAUUAACUUUGGAUGAGCUUGUAUAACAUUUUCUUCCCACCAUUUUAAUGGAAUGAGAAGGGUGUCGGUUGU